UUCAUCUUAUUUUCAACUACUAAAAUCACUUUUUUCCUUCUACAGAUCUGGGGUCCUUAGGUAUUUUAGUAUGAAAAUUUUGAAGGUUAAUGUUGAGGUAACCCAAUCCUUAACUACACAUGCGUUUGGAAUUCCGUUACCAGUCAAUAAGUAAUUUUAACAAUUCGAAAAUUUCUCCACAGCAAGUAGGUAAAUCAAUAACAUCACGAUAACACGCAAACAUAACUUCCCUUAUCCAUUGGAACGAUAUGGCUUUGGAUAAACAAUUUGUAAACAACCAUUACAAACUUCUUCAACUAAGGUAUGCCGGCAACGACUUUGUGAUGACAACGAAAAUAAGUCUCCAAGAAGGGAGCCUAUUUUUAUGUUAAUCUUUUUAGUAAGAACAAAAUAUCCUUAAAACAUGGACGAAAGCGGUGAUGAAUCUCAAAAAUCUGGUUCUGAAGAUGAACCUAUAGUACCUGAUGUCAUUGAUGAUGAAUAUUUUACUUCACUAUCUUCAAAAGUCACAGAGAUAACCAAAGUCCUUCGACAAAAGGACACUCAAGAAAACGCCGAUAAUGUUCAAAGAAUUUACACUUGCUGCAGUCGAUUCAAGGCUGAUUUACAUCAGGAAGAACUUCGUACUGAAGAACUUCAACAAGAUGUUGAAAAUUGUAAGAGACGAAUGGAAAAAGCAGCAGAAAUAUCACAAUUGGAUCAAGUGACAAUUAGCGAAUUGAGGAAAAUUAUAGAAAAGGCUUGGAAGCAAAAAGACAGUGCCCAACUUCGUGAGCAAAUGGCUCAGGAAGAAGUCAUGAAACUGCGAGACCAAAUUGCUGUUCUAGAGAAUGAGGUCUUAAAAAUGAGUGAAAAGAAAGUUGGACGCGAUGAUAAAAAAGAUUAUGCAAAAGAGAAAGAGAAACUUAGCGCUGAAAUUCGUGAACUCAACAAACGUAUUCAGAUUCAAAGGAUUUAUACAACCGAAGUUGAAAACAUGACUCAAAACCUAGAGGAGAAAAAUAAAGCCUUGAUAAAGGUUUUAGAUGAAACAUCUUCUGAUUUGUACAGCUGUAAAAAACAGCUCGAUAUUGCCACAAAGGACCUAUCUACUCUUAAAUCAGAAGAAACUAAGCUCAUAGACCAAAUUCAAACUAUCAAAUUGAAGAACGAUCAUCUGAUGAAGCAUAAAAUCCAUCAAAACCUCCAAAUUUUGGCUGCAAAGACCAAUCUUGAACAUCUUCAUACCCAACACAAUGCAACUACCAAUAAACUUGCCAAAAUUAUUGUUGACCUUGAAUAUACUACUACAGAACGGGACAAGUUGAAAGCUGAUUUGGCACAGAAAACAAACUUAUUAAAGCUUCGCGAAGAAGAGCUCAUCAAAAUGAAACAGGAGAAUUCAAAUGUUUGUAAAUCUCAAGACGCUUCAGCUCGAAAGUUUUCCAAUGUUUUAGAGGCUAAGAAGAAAGCUGAAGAAGAAAAUCUUCGAAUGAGAUCGAUCAUCAACACUCAAGAGAAGGAACUUAGAGGAAUGCGAAAAAUUGUUCAACGAUGUGAAAACAAUAUCGAAAUUUUAACCAAAGAACGUGAUGUCUUGAAACGUGAUUUGAUUCUUUGCAAUCAAGCUCUUGAAGAAUCAGCUGAACAAUAUCAAGAAGCUCAACAUGAAAAUCGAUCUUUAAUAGACACAAUUGGAGUACUCGAGGUCAAGCAGAAAAAGCAACGUGAUGAGCUAUCAAAAAUUUCACAUGAAAAAUCAAAGAAAUUGGAAGAAAUUCAAAGUUUGGGAGAUAAAAUUGAUGCACUUCAAAAUGAAAUUCAUCUAAAGGAAAACUAUGAAUUUGAGCUCAAACGAAUCAUAGCUGAUUCUGAAGCAAAGUGUGUUUCACUACAGACCCAGCAUGAUGUGCUGCUGAAUGAAAAGAACAUUCUUCAGAGAUCAGUUCAGUCUGGAGAAGAAGAUAUUAAAAAGCUACGAAAACAAAUAGAGGCUUUAAAUAACGACUUGAAGCUAUUCCGGAAUAGAGUAUCCAACAAGGAUGCCGAAAUUAGUAAGUUGCAAUUGCAAAUAGAUAAAAUGGAGAAGGAAAGACGAAUGCUGAAAGGGGAAUUCCGAAAUAGCCAAUUGGCUCAUCAACAUACUCGGUCUGAGUUGCAAGAGAAAAGAUUGGAAAAUGACCAGUUUUCAAAGUCUCUCCAGGAAGAUGAAAACAAACUAUCAAGACAGAAAAAGGAAUUGGAUAAUAUUAUCCAUGAAAAGAAUUCAGUUAGUGUCCAGCUGACAAAAAGAACUGAAGAAUUAAAUCAGUUGAAAGAUCGAAUGGAUAAUCUUCAAAAGGCUUAUGAUCAGACUGAAAAACAAUAUGGACAAUGUCAGGAUGAUAUGCGUUUGAUGAGAGUCGAAAUUCAUAAUUUGAGAACGGAGAGAAAUGUGUUGCGAAAAGAUCGCGAAUGUGCGGCAGAUUUGAGGAAGGAAUUGUUGCAAAUGCAUAGAGUUUUGAAUCAACAAAGAAUUAAAGCUAGAGCAUUGCAGGAUGAAAUGUUGACACCGAUGAAUAUUCACAGAUGGCGAAAUUUACGAGGUCGUGAUCCAGAGAAAAUGGACCUUAUUCAAAAGAUUCAAGUGUUAAGAAAACAAAUUCUUGCUCAAAAUGUAAAUGUUUUAGAACAAAGCCGAGCACUUGAAGAAUCCCAAAGGCUCUAUGAUGCAUUAAAAGAAUUCAUGCUUAAGCUGCCAAGUUACAAAAUUAAAGAUGAACUAAAUGAAGUUAAACACAAUCUUUUCAUUAAAAAUCGUAAAUUAAAAUCUUUAAUUGCUGAAUUAAAUACGAAAGAAUCCGACGAAAAAGCCAAAGAAACUUUAGUUGAAGAUCUCAAAGCAAACUUAUCGAAAGCUAAAGCUGAAUUGUGUGCUGAAAAGAAGAAGAAACAAAAACUUCUUGAAGAAAGACAAGUCAUAAAUCAAAUGCAACAUCAAUGUUUUUCAGCACCGCCAACUUAUCAAAGGUCCUUAGGAGGAGGUUUUAAAAUUUCAAGCUCAUAACCUAAAUAGAACAGAAGAAUAAAGUGAUUUUUUUGU